CACAAGGCGUGUAGUCUAGGAAGAAAGGAUUACAGUGGAACUGCAAAUAGGGUCAGUAAUCAUGCAUAUUUCUUAAAUCUAGACCUAGUAAUUUACAACACGUGUUGAAAAGCAACAAUUCUCCUGUUCGUACUGCAAGAAAAAGACAUUCAUCUUGGGUUGACUCUAUGAAGGAGGAAGUAGAAGCCUGUGCAGACGAUGAGGCGAUUAAAUAGAAAAAAGACUCUGAACUUGGUCAGAGAACUAGAUGCUUUUCCAAAGAUCCCUGAAAGCUAUGUAGAAACUUCAGCAAGUGGUGGAACAGUUUCACUCUUAGCCUUCACAGCUAUGGCUUUACUAGCCAUAUUGGAGUUUUUUGUGUAUCGAGAUACAUGGAUGAAGUAUGACUACACAGUAGACAAAGACUUUUCUAGCAAAUUAAAAAUCAACAUAGAUGUUACAGUGGCGAUGAAAUGCCAAUAUGUGGGUGCUGAUGUGCUUGACUUGGCAGAGACAAUGGUGAUUUCAUCAGAUGGGCUGGUCUAUGAACCGGUUGCGUUUGAACUUUCUCCACAACAAAGAAUUUGGCAAAGAACAUUACAGUUAAUUCAGAGCAGACUGCAGGAAGAGCAUGCCCUUCAAGAUGUAUUAUUCAAAAGUGCUUUUAAAGGUGCCCCGACAGCAUUGCCACCAAGGGAAGAUACUAUUUUAUGGCCUCCUGAUGCCUGCAGGAUACAUGGAUACUUGUAUGUCAAUAAAGUUGCAGGAAAUUUUCACAUAACUGUGGGCAAGGCUAUUCCACAUCCGCGUGGCCAUGCACAUUUGGCAGCUUUGGUUAGCCAUGACUCAUAUAAUUUCUCUCACAGAAUAGAUCAUUUGUCCUUUGGAGAAAUUAUCCCAGGAAUCAUUAACCCACUGGAUGGAACAGAAAAAAUUGCUUCAGAUUAUAAUCACAUGUUCCAGUAUUUUAUCACAGUUGUGCCAACAAAACUCGACACAUAUAAAAUCUCAGCGGACACACAUCAGUAUUCCGUUACAGAAAGGGAACGUGCAAUAAACCAUGCGGCAGGCAGUCAUGGUGUAUCAGGAAUAUUUAUGAAAUAUGACAUAAGCUCUCUUAUGGUAACAGUGACGGAACAACAUAUGCCUUUAUGGAAGUUUCUUAUAAGACUUUGUGGUAUUAUUGGUGGAAUUUUCUCAACAACAGGAAUGCUCCAUGCACUUGUUGGAUUCUUAUUUGACAUUGUUUGCUGUCGAUUUAAACUUGGAUCAUAUAAACCUAAAUCUGAUGCAUUGCUAGAUGGCCAUUUGAACAGUCAUUCAGCUCUCAUCACAGAAAACAGUAAACAUUAACCCCUAGAAUAUGUUUUUCUUAAGUGAAUGUGGGUAUAAAUUUCUAUUUUCAGAAGAACUUGUGCAAUAUGUUCACUAAAAAAAAGUUGGCUGCAGGGAGUGUAUUUGGAUCUUUCCUUUUUAAUAAAUUUAUAUUUUGAUUGUUUGUUGUUACAUCAGUAUUUUGGGUGUCUGUGUAACACUGGGCCACUAGUGGACAUCAUGUAAAACUGUGGGUGAUGUCAAAGACAUUAGAAUGCUAUUGAAUAUUGUCCCUUUUGAGCAGAACUGGAGACCUUAUGUUAAAAAGAAAUUCCAUUAUAUUGGAUGCAAUGUUUUCAGUAUGUGCCAUGCUGUUAUUCUACUGUUAAAGCAAAAAUAUAAUGGAGUGAGUACCAGUGUUUAAUUUACUGUCCAUCUCAGUGAAGAAGUCAUAUUCGAACAUUCUGUCCUGUCAUUCUGUUGGCCAUUGGACUUAGACAUCGUCCACAUAAAUGUUCCUGUUUAGUGAUUCUGUUGAUUAUUCCCUCCUGGUUUAUUCUAGAAACCAGAGACUGGAUAGUCUUUGCAAGUGGCUUUAUUCACACAUACAUACAUCUUGUCUGUUGACUACAGUAAAUUAUUACUUUAUUUGCUUGUACAUCAGAAUACCACAAUUUGGCAUUUUUUUUAUAUCACAACUAAGAUGUGCAGUAUUGCAGAAGUAACUUUUUAUAAGUCCUUAUUUUCCAGAAUAAAUUAUUACAUUGGAUCCAAAA